CAUUCGGUGGUGGUGCAAUCUACAAAACAAACCCAUCGUUUGUCCCCAGAAGAGAACUCAAAUUGGAACUUGGACUAAUGUAUUUGUUCAUUUCUUUGGAUAAUGUAAAGUUAAUAAUUAAUAUUAAUACACCCAAGUCUUAGAAGAGCACAGGCCUUUAGAUGUCCCACAUCAUCAAAAUAACCCCAUAAAUCUCUAUCACCAUAAAUAGAUAGGUUUCCCCAACAUGCAACUUACCUCUCCAAUUUUUGCUAUAAAUAGGUACCACUUAGCAGCCAUACCAUGUCCACAAAUAUUCAAGGCCAAUUCUAAGCUUAAAAGCAUUAUAACAACCUCUUACAUCUUACUUCACUAAAUUCACUUUCAAAAAUGGAAUCUCUGGUCCCGGAAUCCGGUGUGAACAACCCAGAAAUGCAGCAGAAUAAGAGUAUAGUUGACGCACUAUACAAGGCAUUAGCACAAGGUCACAUGGAUACCGUGGCUAAAUUCCUAGCAAGUGAUCUAGAGUGGUGGUUCCAUGGCCCUCCACAACGUCAGCACAUGAUGAGAGUGCUGACCGGUGAGGUAAGUCACAAUGACUUCAGAUUCGAGCCACGAAUCAUAGAGGUUAUCGGCGAUUGUGUGAUUGCAGAGAGCUGCGAAGGUGCACAAGUAUACUGGGUGCACGUAUGGACCCUGAAAGGUGGUCUUAUUACGCAAUUUAGGGAGUAUUUUAACACAUGGCUCACUGUGAAGGACAUUAGGCCACAUCGUUGGGAAAUUGGACGGGAAAGCCGCCACACCUUGUGGCAGAGCCAUCCCAGAGACCUCUUUAGCCGUUCGCUGCCUGGCCUUCUUGUCGCUAUAUAGAGAGCAUCUGGUUGGUGGGUUGGAUUACUUUAAAAGUCUAAUGGAAAAUUUAAAUAUUCUAUAUCUAUCUUUUUCUGAAUGAUGUUUAGUUUGACUAUUGGUAAGCAGAUAGUCUGUCAAG